AUUAUAGGAAAACAUCCAACUGGCUAUUGCGAUCAGUGCCAGGAAUUAGAAACAGUGGAGCAUGUCCUGAUUGAAUGCAGGAAGUAUGAGCAAGAAAGAAGGGUAAUGUUUACAGGAUUACAGAGACUAGGAGACUAGGGCAAGGUUUACAGAUCUGCUUGAGUGUGGGGACACGGUGGAGGGAAAGAAGGAGAUAUUUAGUUUUUUGAGGGCAACUGGAAUAAGUAAAAGGAUAUGAGAGAUCCAGACAGCAAUACAUGGUUAGAUCCAGAAGGAGGCGGUAAUGCAACUAAAAAGGAUGCCAACUGCCGUAAAACACCAAAGAAGAAGAAGAAGAAGACGAUACCGGAAACUAGUUGGAGAUCGUGAGAGGGGCGGAACUGGAAUAGUAAGGCAGCUGAGAGAAGUAGCCACGGAGAGAAGUUACCAACGAAUUUGAGUAAUCGGCAUAAAGAACGGAAUACAAAGAACAAAAAAUUUUCUCGCCUAAUACUGGAAAUUUAAGGUCCUCUCGCCUCUGUGCUCCGGCCCACUUCUCUCCUCCUGUCCUCUCCCCAUUUUCACUUUGUUUGAGUGAGUGAGGCACAGUGUAACUGGUUGUGUGUGUGCGUGUGUACGUCUGUGUGUCUGUGUAUGUAUGAGAGUGUGUGUGAGUGCAUCUGUUUGAAAGCUUGUGUGUGUGUGAGUGUGCACACAUCUGUCUGUCCUGGUGAGAGCUACGGUGUCUGGAAGUUGAAUUGUGUACCGUGAUCAUGGGAGAUAUCAGCGACCUGGACCGACAGAUUGACCAGCUGCGAAGGUGUGAGCUCAUCAAAGAAAAUGAGGUCAAAGCUCUGUGUGCCAAAGCCAGGGAGAUUCUGGUGGAGGAGAGCAAUGUCCAGCGCGUUGAUUCUCCAGUCACGGUCUGUGGAGAUAUCCACGGGCAGUUUUACGACCUGAAGGAAUUAUUCAGAGUAGGGGGCGAUGUUCCUGAGACAAACUACCUUUUCAUGGGUGACUUUGUGGACCGAGGGUUCUACAGCGUGGAGACUUUCCUGCUGCUUCUCGCCCUGAAGGUGCGCUACCCUGACAGAAUUACACUGAUCCGGGGGAACCACGAGUCCCGGCAGAUCACGCAGGUGUACGGCUUUUACGACGAGUGCCUGAGGAAGUACGGCUCGGUGACGGUGUGGAGAUACUGCACCGAGAUCUUCGACUACCUGUCCCUCUCCGCCAUCAUCGAUGGGAAGAUCUUCUGCGUUCACGGCGGCCUGUCCCCCUCCAUCCAGACCCUGGACCAGAUCCGGACCAUCGACCGGAAGCAGGAGGUCCCGCACGACGGGCCCAUGUGUGACCUGCUGUGGUCGGACCCCGAGGACACCACGGGGUGGGGGGUGAGCCCCCGGGGCGCGGGGUACCUGUUUGGCAGCGACGUGGUGGCCCAGUUCAACGCGGCCAACGACAUCGACAUGAUCUGCCGGGCCCACCAGCUGGUCAUGGAAGGCUACAAGUGGCACUUCAACGAGACCGUGCUGACCGUGUGGUCGGCCCCCAACUACUGCUACAGGUGUGGAAACGUGGCGGCCAUCUUGGAGCUGGACGAACACCUCCAGAAAGAGUUCAUCAUAUUCGAAGCAGCCCCACAGGAAACGAGGGGCAUCCCCUCCAAAAAGCCAGUGGCCGACUACUUCCUGUGACACCCCCCUCCCCCCACACCGUCCCACCACUGUGUCUACUCAAACUGUACCGGACUGCACUCUGAUUGGUUACUCUGGAGACCAUCUUUUACACCCUACCACGUCCCCGUCAGCUAAAACAGGGAUGCCCUCUUCCUCUUCUCUUUUUCCUUUUUGUUUCCUUCUACAUAUCAUUCUUUCUCCUACUUUUUCUUUUCUCUUUCCUGCUGUUGUAAAGUCAUGCUGGCAGUAUACCCCUGUGCGUGUGUACUCCCUACCGCUGGCAGUAUAACCCUGUGUGUACUUCCUAUCGCUGGGCAGUAUUCCCCGUGUGUGUGUGUGUGUGUGUGUGUGUGUGUGUGUGUGUGUAGUCCCUGCGACUGGGCAGUAGAACCCUGGUGUGUGUGUGUGUGUGUGCGUGCAUAGUAGGCAGGAUAACCCUGGUGUGUGUGCGUGUAUGUACUCCCUGCAACUGGGCAGUAUAACCCUGUGUGUAUGUGCUCCCUACCACUGAUUCUGUUAAAUAGAACCGGUCAUUUUGUAGGUUGAGCACAGGCUGUGGGGGUUUUAUGGAAUUAGGACCUGGGUCCACAUUUGAGCAACGUCCGAGUUGCGCCCUGGAAAGGAAGCCGUUUCUGUAUGCAUUAUGAAUUUUUCCCCAAACAGAACGUGCUUUUUCCAUGAUCUGUAUUUUUUAUAAAUCUGUGAAGGAAACUAUGGACAAUACUUUGUUUGGCGGGUUUCUGUUUCUGUCCUUUACGACUGUACUUGCCUGUUGCUCAACAUGUGUGUUAAUGGGGCUGAUCCGCUGCUCAACAUGUGUUAAUGGGGCUGAUCCGCUGCUCAACGUGUGUUAAUGGGGCUGAUCCGCUGCUCAACAUGUGUGUUAAUGGGGCUGAUCCGCUGCUCAACGUGUGUGUUAAUGGGGCUGAUCCGCUGCUCAACAUGUGUGUUAAUGGGGCUGAUCCGCUGCUCAACAUGUGUGUUAAUGGGGCUGAUCCGCUGCUCAAUGUGUGUGUUAAUGGGGCUGAUCCGCUGCUCAACAUGUGUGUUAAUGGGGCUGAUCCGCUGCUCAACAUGUGUGUUAAUGGGGCUGAUCCGCUGCUCAACAUGUGUGUUAAUGGGGCUGAUCCGCUGCUCAAUGUGUGUGUUAAUGGGGCUGAUCCGCUGCUCAACAUGUGUGUUAAUGGGGCUGAUCCGCUGCUCAACACGCACAUUAAUGGGGCUGAUCCGCUGCUCAACACGCACAUUAAUGGGGCUGAUCCGCUGCUCAACGUGUGCGUUAAUGGGGCUGAUCCGCUGGUCAGCGCAUUCGUUAUGAGGACUGAUCCGCUGCUCAAUGCACGCGUGUUAAUCGGACUGAUCCGUGGCAGUGGAACUGCUGUAGAGCUGCAGAGUAUCGCUGUUCCAAGGACUGGGGUCCGUUGGGUACAGACCAAACUGAUCCUUUCUUUUAGUGCAGUCUGUCUGACCAAUCUCUCUGUAGGAUUUACUGUUGAAUUUUAUUACUGAUCUGUGAAAAUAAAACUUUUGUAUCAAGCCAUAUUUUAAACAUUUUUUCCCAUUUAUUGAGGAAGACGUUCACAAAAACAAAAUAUAUCAUACUGUACUGUACGUACGUAUAUAGGGUAGCAUCAUUUUAAGCAAAUUUAUUUUUUCUGGGAUAAUACAUGCAAAUAAAUUGUAAUUCAUUGUUAAUUACCAUUGUAAAUGAUAUAUUUGCAAUAAGCCUACUGUCUGGGCUAUGUUUUUAAUAUGUUUCCAAAAAUCUGAUGUGUAAGUGUUACUUGAAUUUGAAAAUGUUUUUUUAUACUUCCUCUGUUAAAGAAGAACAGGGACUCACUGUUCCUCCUGCCAUGUUUAAUAGUAAGAUUGGGUCAUUUUUCAUGGAUUCUGGGUGGUGUAGAAACAGGGGUGUCAAAUUGAAUCCCAAGGGGGCUGCAGUGUCUGCAGGUUUUUAUGGCUUCCUUUCAAUCAGCUGCCAGUCAAGGCAAUGAGUACAAGGUGUGUGCCAAUCAGUGAUUUAAAUGAAACGCUUGUGCCUCUGGCUUGUGUCGCCAGCUACGACACUAGUGUACAGGCAAGUGACUACCGGGUGCAGAU